AGUUUGAUUGAAAUCAAUUAGAGAAAGAGUUAUUGCCGUAGUUAUCCCAUUUUAGCCACGGGGUUUUUGGACUACAUUUCCCAUCUCACACUCGGUGUUUCGCGUACGCAGGUUCACGAGCUCCUUACCGACCCCAACAGCAGCUGGGGCAGCCAACCACUUUGUUGAACGGGAACUCGUUAGAAAGAGACGGUCGUGGAAAAAUCGUUGGAAAAGUGUAAACAGACUAGAAAACAGCGGAAUUAAACUGCUCUGAAGCAUUGUUACUUUGUCACCUGAAGAACGGAAACCGUCGUCGCUUUUCGCCGGUACCGAGGAUAACACACAACUUCCCAAAGAGGAAUUCACUCAUUCAGGAUGUCGGAGUGAAACAAAGAGGUCUGAGGGUAUUCCUGUCGGAAAGGGGCUGAACUUCAUCCUUGUGGCCUUCUCUGAAUGGGAAAGAUGGAAAGGGAGUUACAAUGGUGGAAAGGACAGCUAGCAGGGGAUAUCCAUCAGUCCCUCCGCAUCAAGGAAUUGAAGCUGCCUGUGUAUCGGGCCCACUCCCCUCAGAUAGGGAUGCGUCGGUACUUUGCAGACCUGCUGGCCAUACUGUCGAACCGCUACCAGCUGUGUCCUACAGCCAGACACCUGUCUGUCUACUUACUGGACCUGUUCAUGGAUCACUACGAUGUGGCCGUCAAACAGCUCUACGUCAUCGCUCUGUCCUGCCUGCUCCUUGCCAGUAAGUUUGAGGAGAGGGAGGACCGGGUACCUAAGUUGGAGCAGCUCAACUCCCUGGGCUUCAUGUGUUCUCUGAAUCUUGUUCUCAACAAGAGAGACCUCAUCAAGAUGGAGCUGCUGCUGUUGGAGACGUUCAGCUGGAACCUGUGUAUGCCCACCCCGGCCCACUUCAUAGACUACUACCUCCAGGCCUCGGUGCAGGAGGGAGACCUGUACAACGGCUGGCCUCUCUCCUCCCUCUCCAAGACCAAAACCUUUAUGGACAAGUACACACACUACUUCCUGGAGGUGUCACUGCAAGACCAUGCGUUCCUGAGUUUCCGGCCGUCUCAGGUGGCGGCAGCGUGUGUAGCGGCGUCUCGUAUCUGUCUCCAGAUUUCUCCAAGCUGGACCACGUCUCUACACCUACUGACUGGAUACACCUGGGACCACCUCACACACUGCAUCAAACUCAUGUUGCUUGCCCAUGACAACGAUGUGAAGGAGGCCAACAAACCCAAAUCCACUCCUCCGUUGUCUUGCUCCUCCUCUCUCCAGUCCCACCCUCCUCCCUCCCACCUCUCCCCAGUCCAGAGACCAGCUACCUCCUCCAACCCCCAGCAGCUCCUUUUCCAGCCUGGCCCAGUGGGCUUCCCUCACCUCUCCCAGCACUCCCCCUCCCUGUCCCAGCUCCAUGCGCUAGCUGACUCCCAGGCUUUGGGGCCUGCUGUGGUUAACAUGUCCCAGGACAUCCUCCAAAGCCAAAGGAUGGGGCUGCUCACUGGGGGCAACACCAUGACCUCCACAGCAGGGGCCUUCCCCUCCUAUCCUAGCCUGACUUCGGGGCUGCUCACUGGGGCCAACACCAUGACCUCCACAGCAGGGGCCUUCCCCUCCUAUCCUAGCCUGACUUCAGGGCUGCAGCCUGGGGCUCGGGUGGCACCGCUGGCCUUGCAGGGCCCCAUCUCCAUGCAGGUAGCCUUGGCUGCGGAGCCGCGACACUGCCUCAGCAUGGCCUACACCGGAGGGUACCUGGGGGCCGUGGGCCCCCACCACACCUUCACGUCAGCGGGCUGCUUCGACAGGUGACGCCAGGAGACGGAGGAGAGAAUGAACAGCAAACCGCCCCGAGCCAGGGACAGGGAGCGCUGCAAUCCUCUUCCCUCACUACUUCCUCCUCCUCUCCGUUCCCUGGCAGACCUCCUCUCCAUCUCAGUCAGCACGCCUUCCCCCUCCUCUGCCGCACCCCGCCCUGCGCCCCCCACCCUCAGACAGAGACGGAGAGAAAGACGGCUAAAACACAAGCAAAGGUCAAAGGGCACCGAUGACACCGUGGAGGUCAUCACACUGACAUGACACCCGAUGUCACUGCGACGUCACUGACUGACUGUUGAGCGCUGUCUUCCGAUCCCGCCGCAGGAACGUGAUUCCAAGGCAGAUGCAUUAAACCCCACGGUAGAAUGGUCACCGUAUGUCCCUGGUUAAGAUGCUGUUAUCACUGUGAACCAGAGGCUAUGCAGCAUGAUUCCUCCUCAGUGCCUCCUGGGUUUUGACCAGAGUGAUGUCUGUCUGUGAAUUCAGCUGAAGAUGAAGUGCUGCUGAAUCUCUGUCACUCUAAUCCAAAAAAAAGAUCAACUCAACUGAAGACGAGUAAUUGGCCAGUAAAGUGACAUUUUGAGCUGCUGACUUGAGAACAGUGGUAUGAAGUGUUAUACCACCAGACCUACCAGUGAGUUGAAGAGGCUGUGUGUCACUUGCUAUGUCGGCUUUAUAUCACUCUUAUGCCAGUGAAUAAAGGGAUUCUGUCACUCGUGACUAAGUGCUCCAGGGGCAUUCUCAGAAUUCCUACCCAAAAUCCUCUCUGGCUGGGGAGGGGAGACCACAGAGUUCAUUGUUCUGUCACAGCAGGGGAAAUCCAUAGUUAACAUAGCUGUCAUGUUUUGGCUUUCUCUUCUUUCAUCCUUCCUCCCUCCUUGUCACCUCUCCUUAUAGCCUUUAGUCUCCCUUCCUCUUUCCUUGUCACCUCUCCUUACAGCCUUUAGUCUCCCUUCCUCUCUCCUUGUCACCUCUCCUUACAGCCUUUAGUCUCCCUUCCUCCCUCCUUGUCACCUCUCCUUACAGCCUUUAGUCUCCCUUCCUCCAUCCUUGUCACCUCUCCUUACAGCCUUUAGUCUCCCUUCCUCCCUCCUUGUCACCUCUCCUUACAGCCUUUAGUCUCCCUUCCUCCCUCCUUGUCACCUCUCCUUACAGCCUUUAGUCUCCCUUCCUCCCUCCUUGUCACCUCUCCUUACAGCCUUUAGUCUCCCUUCCUCCCUCCUUGUCACUUCUUACUUUUUGCAAAGUCUUGUCUUGUGGUCGAGCUCGCCUCAUCUGGAUCUUUGUUUCCAGAAGGGGGGGUGUUCCAACCUCCAAGUCUCGUAGUGAGGGUUAAAGAGUGAAGCUUUGCUUUCCACGUCCUUCCACUCAGACUUCAAGUGGAAGUGAACUGACAUGGAAUGCUCAUGGUUAAGGAGACUUGGAAACAUAGAAAUAGAAUGAUUGGCAUUCUAAUUCUAUGCUUAGAACUUUGUUGAAGUAGAUAAUGACAUUCUGCUGCCUUCUAUUAGAAGUGAUGGUUCUGUGUGAGCUGAAGACUUGUUUCCAUGAACCACAGCGUAUAUCAGGGACUUGAUUUCACGGAUUACUUGAAUACGAUGCCAUUGAAACGUGCCGUAGCUUUUAUUUAUAUGGACACAUUUAUUCCUUGUUGCUUUAUUUUCUAUUCUUUGGUGAAGUAAGUUUAGUUUUAGUUUUUAGUUGUUGUUUUUUUAUACCAGCGCGUAAUGUGUUUUUCUGUGCCCUUGUAUAACUGUAUAUUCAGGCUCAGGUUAGGCUGUGAAUAUCCAAUCAGCCGUCUCCUUAUUGCUGAGGUUACCCAAUCAGCUGUCUUCUUACUGUGUCCUAUUGAGUGUGCUUUAAGUAGAUACUAGCAUGGCACCCAGGAGGGUUUCUCACUUAUCUACCUCUCUGAGGAAGAGGACCUGAAUUUUUAAAUAACAUACUAAGAUAUAUAAACAAACACCAAAUUUGCAUCCUGGUAGAAUCCGUGACCUUCCAGACGAUGAAACACACAGCCCAUCUGCAGCUUGUCAUUACUAAUAGCUUCCCACAUUCCCAGCACUGCAUUUCCCCAUACUUGUACUUCCUGUUGGAACGUAAACACAUCCAGAUUCCCCUUCUGGGUCACAGGGGGUCUCGCUGGUUACCGUGGCGAUGGCCAAAAAAAUCUAAAUCAGGGGCUCACUCAGAAGAGAGAGUUAGUUGGAACGUUACAGAAUGUUUAGAUAGAAAUGUGCUGUUUAGAUCAUCUAUGGGUAUCUGUUGUGUAGAGCAGGGAAUAGUGGAAGCUCUAUAAAUCACAUUUCUAUCUGCAACGAUGUAAACUUCUGGUCCUUUUCUCUGUCCGUAUGCUAUUGAAUGUGUAUGUUUUUACUAUGGUUGUACCUUGUCCCCAGCAGUUUUCACACUUGAACUAUGCUGAUACUACUAAGGCUGUGUUCUGGUUCUCAGAACAUGUUCUAUAUAGGUUUUUAUGUUCUGAUUCUCAAUGUUCUAGGCUUAGAUAUCAGAGAUGUAUUUAAUUGAAGGCUGUAUGAAGCUUGCUUAAGCAAGUUAUCUGUCAAGCAUCUGAAAUGUGUCUAAACCUUUUUAUAGCAUGAACAUACCUUACUGUAGUCUAGAUAGUCAUUUACUAGAAAUGGAAUGAAGGGCUUACUAGAUAGAGUAUGUUACUAGCAACCAAAUGUAUCUUUCUGCCUGAUCUAUGUCAAUCUACCCAGACUCACUCACUGUACGGUCAUCACUACUUUUUAUUUUACAUUCCUAUUAUUUUAAGUGUAUUUUAUUUACUCCUGAUCUGUGUUUAAUAAAGAUGGAUGCAGUCGGUGUGGAGUAGUGGGUCAUAUUCAUUAGGCACCAAACGGAAGAAAACUGACAAACAGGGAGGGACUAUAUGAACUUGUCCCAAAAAGAAAGCUUUUUUUUUUUCUGUUUGCAAAACGUUUUGCUACGGUGUGACCUAAUGAAUACGACCCUGUUUUAGAUAAAAAAAAGAACUCGAGUGUUUCCCUCACUAAAAAGCUACUUCUCACCGAGGUCUCAAGGUGCAAUAUGUUUUUGCUGGUAGAACCAUAGCAUUAGAAUGAUUCCUUCUAUUUCUACGGAUAGAAGUCUUCUCUCACAGCCGUCACUGUCUUGAGUAUAGCCCUCACUACUGGUUCAUCUUUUUCUAACUUAAUUCCUUGACAUUAUUGUGUGAUUUGACUCGACGUUGAUCCUUGCUGCCAGAAAGCCGAGAGCUCUGAACACUAUGUUGCACAUUGCAGCCUUGAUUGGUGUACUGUACGUGUUGCUAUAGCGAUACUGUGCAUGUUUCUAUGUCCACAGAACUGUGCUGAGAAACACACACACACACACACAACCACACUACUUGUCCAAUGAAAUGACACCAGAAAUGUCCCACGUCUAUUUUUGUAAAGCUGUUUUUUGUAGUCUUUGUUGAAGUGACACAGAGAAGUUUCUUUUUUUAUCCGAUGAGCCAUUGAAAUAAACAACAACAAAAAUAAGUAAAUAUCUUCA